ACAAGCCCCACCACAGGCCCCACCACAGGCUCCACCUCAAGUCCCACUUCAAGCCCCACCACAGGCUCAACAACAGGCCCCACCACAAGCCCCACCACAGGAUCAACCACAGGCUCAACAACAAGCCCCACCACAGGCCCCACCACAGGCUCCACCUCAAGCCCAACCACAGGCUCAACAACAGGCCCCACCACUGGCUCCACCACAGGCUCAACAACAAGCCCCACCACAGGCCCCACCACAGGCUCCACCUCAAGCCCAACCACAGGCUCAACAACAGGCCCCACCACUGGCUCCACCACAGGCUCAACAACAAGCCCCACCACUGGCUCCACCACAAGCCCCACCAUAGACUCCACUACAGGCUCAACAACAAGCCCCACCACAGAGUCCACUACAGGCUCAACAACAAGCCCCACCACUGUCUCAACAACAAGCCCAACCACUGUCUCAACAACAAGCCCAACCACUGUCUCAACAACAAGCCCAACCACUGUCUCAACAACAAGCCCAACCACUGUCUCAACAACAAGCCCAACCACUGUCUCAACAACAAGCCCAACCACUGUCUCAACAACAAGCCCAACCACUGCCUCAACAACAAGCCCAACCACUGUCUCAACAACAAGCCCAACCACUGUCUCAACAACAAGCCCAACCACUGUCUCAACAACAAGCCCAACCACUGUCUCAACAACAAGCCCAACAACUGUCUCGACAACAAGCCCAACCACUGUCUCAACAACAAGCCCAACCACUGUCUCAACAACAAGCCCAACCACAGUCUCAACAACAAGCCCCACCACAGAGUCCACUACAGUCUCAACAACAAGCCCCACUACAGGCUCAACAACAAGCCUCACCACUGGCUCAACAACAAGGCCCACCACAAAAUCAAAGCCUCGCACAAUCAUCCCCCCAAGGAGUUCCUCACCCCAGAGACGCCGCCGUCACAUUCCCUUUUUACCCAAACCCCAUGAGAAUUUCCCUUUUUACCCAAAGCCCAUUUUUGAGAAGGAGCCAAAGAGGCCUGUCUGGCGCCUGUAUGGAGUGUUUCAGCUCAGUGAUCAGUGGGCCUGUGAUUCCGGCCUGGUGCCAUCAUUCAAUAUUUGCAACAUGAAAUGCUCUGCUUUUUUGGAUGAUGACAUCACAGAUGACAUUGCCUGCCUGAAAACCCUGAUGAACACAAAUACUUACUUGGUACCUAAACCCAAAGUCAACCCCUCUGAUUUGAAGAUGAUCUUGGGGAUGUUGUUGGUGAACGGGUGCCGCUUUGUUGUUCCCUCAUUGUAUUUCACUGAGUGUACAUCUGGUAACUUUCAUUGA